GCGUUUUCUUGAACAAGAGCAUUCUACAGAACAGAGACCGGCGGAAGCUCCGAAGGAAAUACCCUCAGCAGGAUAAUAUUAUUUCCUUGAAAUUCAAACUCCUUAUUUUGUAACAAAUUAAACUCAGUAUCAAACGAUGGCUGACGAGAACCAGCAACCCAUGGAGGAAGGAGAGGUUGAGACCUUUGCCUUCCAGGCUGAGAUUGCCCAGCUUAUGAGUCUCAUCAUCAACACUUUCUACUCCAACAAGGAGAUCUUCCUUAGAGAACUUAUCUCAAACGCAUCUGAUGCCCUUGAUAAGAUCCGAUAUGAGAGCCUUACUGAUCCAGCCAGGGUAGAGGCCGGUGGUAAAGAUUUCAACAUCAAAAUCAUCCCCAACCCUGAGGAGAAGACCAUCAGCCUCAUCGAUACUGGUAUCGGAAUGACCAAAGCUGACUUGGUCAACAAUCUUGGAACCAUCGCUAGGAGUGGCACCAAGGCAUUCAUGCAAGCCCUUGAGGCUGGAGCUGAUAUUUCCAUGAUUGGUCAGUUUGGUGUGGGCUUCUACUCUGCCUACCUAGUGGCCGACAGGGUUUCAGUGUAUUCAAAACACUCAGACGACGAUGGUUACAUCUGGGAGUCUUCAGCUGGUGGAUCUUUCACUGUCAGAGCUGCUCCAAAUGAUGAGCUCAAGCGUGGUACAAGAAUCACUUUGUUCAUGAAGGAGGACCAGGUGGAAUACACUGAGGAAAAGAGAAUCCGUGAGAUUGUCAAGAAACACAGUCAGUUCAUUGGCUAUCCCAUCUCCCUUCAGGUCAACAAGGAAAGAGACAAGGAAGUGAGUGACGAUGAGGAGGAGGAAGAGGAGAAGAAAGUGGAGGAAGAAGAAGAGAAGAAAGAGGAUGAAAACGAGGACAAGGACAAGCCCAAGAUUGAAGAUCUUGAUGAAGAUGAAGACAAAGAAAAAGAGGCGGAGAAGAAGAAGAAGACCAUCAAGGAGAAGUACAUUGAGGAUGAGAUCUUGAACAAGACGAAGCCCCUGUGGACAAGAAACCCCGAUGACAUCAGCCAAGAGGAGUACGGAGAGUUCUACAAGAGUUUGACCAACGACUGGGAGGAACAUCUCGCUGUCAAGCACUUCUCAGUUGAGGGGCAGCUUGAGUUCCGCGCUCUUCUCUUUGUACCGAAGAGGGCACCCUUCGACCUGUUCGAGAACAAGAAGAAGAAGAACAACAUCAAGUUGUACGUCCGAAGGGUCUUCAUCAUGGACAGCUGUGAAGACAUCAUUCCAGAGUACCUUAACUUCGUCAAGGGUGUAGUCGACUCUGAAGAUCUUCCCCUCAACAUCUCUCGUGAGAUGCUUCAACAGAGCAAGAUCCUCAAGGUCAUCCGCAAGAACAUCGUCAAGAAGUGCAUGGAGCUCUUCAUCGAGAUCGCCGAAGACAAGGACGACUACAAGAAGCUAUACGAGCAGUUCAGCAAGAACCUCAAGCUCGGUAUCCAUGAAGACUCGCAGAACCGAUCCAAGUUGGCCAAUUUGCUGCGCUACCACACUUCCCACUCUGGCGAUGAGAUGUGUUCACUCAAGGAAUACGUCUCGCGCAUGAAGGAGAACCAGACUCAAAUCUACUACAUCACAGGUGAAUCCAGGGACCAGGUUGCCAACUCGUCAUUUGUUGAGGGUGUCAAGAAGCGAGGGUUCGAGGUCUUGUACAUGACAGAGCCCAUCGAUGAGUACUGUGUGCAACAGCUGAAGGAGUUUGAAGGCAAAACUCUUGUCUCCAUCACCAAGGAGGGUCUGGAGCUGCCCGAGGACGACGACGAGAAGAAGAAAAACGAGGAGUUGAAGGCCAAGUUUGAGAAUCUGUGCAAGGUCAUGAAGGACAUCCUGGACAAGAAGGUUGAAAAGGUUGUCGUGUCAAACAGACUGGUAGUGUCCCCCUGCUGCAUCGUGACAAGCCAGUACGGCUGGACGGCAAACAUGGAGCGUAUCAUGAAGGCGCAGGCUCUCCGCGACACCAGCACCAUGGGCUACAUGGCUGCCAAGAAGCACCUGGAGAUCAACCCCGACCACUCCAUCAUGGAAACGCUCAGGCAGAAGGCCGACGCUGACAAGAACGACAAGUCCGUCAAAGAUUUGGUUAUGCUGCUGUUUGAAACAUCUCUGCUGUCAUCUGGAUUCUCGCUGGAGGAGCCACAGACACAUGCCGGACGUAUCCACAGAAUGAUCAAGCUUGGUUUAGGUAUUGAUGAGGAUGAUGCAGCACCAGUUGAAGAGGCCCAGCCAGAAGAGAUGCCACCAUUGGAAGGAGAUGACGACGAUGCAUCACGCAUGGAGGAAGUAGAUUAAGGAGUGAAAUGAACAGAACAUUAGAACCUUAAUCACUGUAAUCAACACACUCCAUCAAAACCAACAGCCUGACCUAAUGACCACCAAACGGAUUCUGACUAAAAAAGGAGGUUGGUCCUGCCUGUGGACAUCGGCUGGGCAGCAUUCUUCAGAUUGCCCGCAAUGAUGACUUGUGUUUAUUGACGCCCACAUCCAAAUAAAAAACCCAUUCACAAUCGAUUGGUAUCUUAUAGCAACUGGAUGUAGCAGAAAGCACUCCAACUUCACAAAGGAACUAUAAAACGACUUGUCUUUGUCUUGGUGUAAGCAACUUGCAACACUUGACUGGAAAUGGAAUUAUGUAUCUUCAUCAUAAGUCACAUGCAAGAACUAUGACAGAAACAUAUUCAAUUCUUUCUGAAACAAAAUCUAGACUAAAAAAGUAUGCCUAUACUCUGGUAUCCACAAGCCUUUCAACAUAACUCAAAUCUGAAAUGUGAGAGUGUUGAUGCUUAUCAAUCAAUGGGUUCAUCAAAUGAGUAAUUACAAUGUACAUGUAUUAAAAUGUGCAUCAGUAUCGGUGAGUUUAACCAAAACUUGAAACUGCUCAUAUUUGACGCAACUUCAAUCAUAGUGCCAUGUGGCUUUCUACAUAACUGACUAGUUUAAGCUGCUCAUUCUUUUUAACGCCAUAUGUUUAUAACGAUCUACAUGUAUAAUAAAUGUUGAAAAUAUUCCCAUCUUAAAGUGUGAUUGUACAUACGGUUCAAAAGAUGUGUAGUUUAAUAAAGGUUACAUGUGAAAUAAAUGGUUGAGUAGAUUCAGGCACUUUGACUGCUUGCUAGUCUAUCCCAAGAUUUUAAAAUUUUCCAGUGGAAGUGCCCUUUUGCAAAAUGUAAAUGCCCUUGCCCUCUCACAAGCCUUCUUCAAAGACUUGCAUUCAUAAAUCAUACUGGAUUAAGUUGAUAUUAAUUCCUUUAUUGGUCGAGUAUUUUUGCUUCCCGCUGAGUUUUUGAAACAUAUUGCCAAGUUAAAAUAUCUCAUACCCUAAUAAUACACCAUGUAAUGUAUUGCUUUAACAU